CCUACAAGUCCCUGUCACCCACACGUGUGCUCAGCUCUGACAGUCGGCUCCUGCAACUGCAGACACUUGGUACCGCUUCUUCUCCCUCACGCUUCACCCUGCUCACGGUUGCUAUGUGAGGUGACAUCACUGUAACUAGAAUUUCCAUUGGCUGGGAGGAGACCGCGCUGUUCUUGCUGCUUGUCUGUGGAUCCGGAAGAGAGAAGUUGCUGUGGUCAGUGAGUUGGUGUUCAUAAUACAGACCAUGGAGAAAACGGUUCAGAAGAUUUCUAUUGCCUCUAAACCUGGAAGAACAUAUUUCUUACAGAUUGGCUGGGAAGAAGAUUUAGAGAAAGGAUUUAGUGUAACACUUUGUGAUGGGCAAACUGCAUGGAUUGGUAAAGUGUCUGCAGAAGACGUAUCCAGGGAAGCAGUAGAUAUGGAGAUGGAAAAGCUCAAAUAUGUUGAGGAGUUAAAGAAAGCCCUGGUUACUACAACACUGCCAGCUAGCAAAUAUAGUUUUGAUCUUGUACAGGAUGAAGACGCUUAUGAUACAUAUUACUUUACGUAUGAGAAAAAAUUAAAGGAGGUUUUGUUUAAACUUGGAUCACUGCAACUCAAAGUGAUUAAAGAACCAGUAGAAAUAAUCAAAGAAUUAAUUACACAUUGUCUAAACACUGCAACUGAAUUACAUAGCAGAAAUGAAUAUCUUCAGAAAGAAAAUGAAAGGUUGCGUCGUGACUGGGUUGAUAUGCAAGAACAGCUUGAGAAAUGUGUAAGCAGUAAGGAAGAAUUAGAGCAAGAUCUCUAUACUCGAUUUACCUGUGUGCUCAAUGAAAAAAAAACUAAGAUAAGGAGUCUCAAUGAGAAGUUGUCACAGUCUCACAAGAGUGUGCCCGGAAACAGCAACAGUUCUAUUCCAUUUGACACUGUUCCUGUCAGCGACAUAAAGAAUGAUGACUAUGACGCCUCAACGGAUGAUGACCGUAAAAGUCCAGAAGUCAAAAUUGAGGCUGUUCCACCUCCUCUAUCAAAACGACGAUCUCUAGUGCACAGCCCUGAUGAUUCUCCAGAUAUUGCUCCAAGCAGAAAGCGUAGACAACGCGGGCAGAAAAUGUUGUAUGCAGAAGUAAAGGAAAAUGUUAAUCGGCCUGAAGAUGUAAAUCAAAGAUGUGCAGCGGCCCCUUCAAAGACAACUGGCAAGAAUCCUUCAUCAGAAAAUCUGUCCUUACCAACAUCAAAAAACACUCCAGAUACAGAUGACCUUUUCAAUGACAUUUAGCUAAACCCCUAAUCCACUUCUGCUUAAAUAAACAGACCUGGAGCAAUUAUUUUGUGAUAAAUAUAUAAUGUUUCUACAAAUGGACCACUUGUGACAUAGACAGGCUCCAUGUUUGUGAUGUUAGAGUGAUCUCCGGGAUAUUUUUGUAGGAACUUUAAAUGUUUACUUUUUUUUUCAAACAUAUGUUUUUAUUUCAAU